AUGUGUGGAUGCGAGAACAGGCGGAGGCGCUCGCGCCGCCGUCGCCGGCCGUCACGCGCGAGCAGCGAGCGGCGCCGGCGCGAGCUCGAGCAGCGGCUCCUCAUCGCGGAGCGCGACGAGCGCCUCCACCUUGAGUGGGCGCGGAAGUUCCCGGAGGACGUCGCCGCGAUGGAGGCGUUCUACGCGCAGAAGGAGGAGCAGAAGGCGGCGGCGGCGAAGAAGAAGAAGAAGGCGAACCGCGAGAAGCGCCGGGCGGCAUCGGCGGCGAGGAAGGCGACGAGGGCGGAGAAGAAAAAAAAACGUUCGAAAUACUCGUUUGCGCCGCGCUGCGCGCUGCAUAAUGACGCGCCCGGCGGAUGA